CUGCCCCAGCGAAGCUGCUGCGAGCUCCGACAGCUGCCUGGGGACGCUUGUCCCUGGAGGGAGUCCCGACGUCCUUCCCCAAUCCAGAUCUCGUUGCAGUCCCGGAGACGCCACUGGAUCUUCUCCCGGAUCCUUUUCUCCUUAACCUGCUUGUUUUCUUUUUCCUUCCUCCCUGGCUCCCAUCUCCCAACUCCGCGUUUCCCUCCCCUACUCCCGGGGCCCCCUAGCCAGCCAUCCUCAGCAUCCUACCUGCCGUCCUCCUGGCUUCUGCUGCUCCUAGACCUCAAAUCCCUUGACCAACAGGGCCCUGUGUCAUAACCUUCUCGCCAGACUCUCCUAAACUCCUUUCUUCUCUCUUUGCCAGCUCUGUCUCCCAAAGUCCAGCUAACCCUUCGCCUCUUGACAUUUGACCCUGACACUCUUGACUCUAGACCUCUAAAUCCCUACCUCCUGAAGCCUGGACUGCUGAAACUGAGGUCUUCCCCUAAUUUCUGACCCCGUUUCUGAAGCUCCUUUUGACUUUCGUACUCCUGGGCCAGUUCCUGCUACCACUACACCACCAUGGACUUCUUGAUGAGUGGCCUGGCAGCCUGCGGGGCCUGUUUGUUUACCAACCCCCUGGAGGUGGUGAAGACCAGGAUGCAGUUGCAGGGAGAACUGCAGGCCCCUGGAACCUAUCAGCGGCACUACCGAAACGUCUUCCAUGCCUUCGUUACCAUCGGCAAGGUGGAUGGCCUGGCUGCCCUGCAGAAGGGCCUGGCCCCUGCCCUCUUAUACCAGUUCCUGAUGAAUGGCAUCCGGCUGGGCACCUACGGGCUGGCUGAGGCUGGGGGCUACCUGCACACAGCUGAAGGCACCCUCAGCCCUGUCCGAAGCGCAGCAGCUGGGGCCCUGGCUGGGGUCUCAGGAGCCUACUUGGGGAGCCCCAUCUACAUGGUGAAGACACACCUACAGGCACAGGCAGCCUCAGAAAUUGCUGUGGGACACCAGUAUAAGCAUCAGGGCACGUUUCAUGCACUAAUCGAGAUUGGCCAGAAACAUGGUCUGGUGGGCUUGUGGCGUGGGGCCCUGGGAAGCCUGCCCCGAGUUAUCGUCGGUUCCUCCACCCAGCUGUGCACCUUCUCGUCCACCAAGGACCUCAUGACCCAGUGGGAGAUAUUUCCUCCGCAGAGCUGGAAGGUGGCUCUGGCGGCCGCCAUGGUGAGUGGCAUUGCAGUGGUCCUGGCCAUGACCCCCUUUGAUGUGGCCAGCACAAGGCUCUACAACCAGCCCACAGACACUCAAGGCAAGGUGUCCCGGAGCCGCCACCCCCAGCCUUUGGGGGCACCAAGAGGUGGAAGUGAUGGACUGGGACCAGAGAGAUGACUCAACACCCAAAGUCAAGCAUCCCUUUGGGAAGAGUUAGGACAACAUAUAUUUCUAUUAAGCAGAGAUUUUUAACUUUUUUUUCUACUAUGCAUCCCCUUAGCAGUUUGACGAAGCCCAUGGGCUCCUACUCAGAAUACUGUUUUUAAAUUCAUAAAAUAAAAUAUAUAGGAAUACAAAGGAAAUGAAAGUAUUUAAACAUAAUUAUCAAAAUAAGAAAACCUAGAUUUUUGAUAGAGUAAAAGUGUACUUCUUUGUUAUCACAUUAACAAGAUCUAGCAGCAGGUCUAAGAAGUAUGUCAAACUAGUGAUGCACAUAAAUCGUAGUUUCAGAGAUCUGCAACAACUCUAAUGUGAAUGAAAAUAUCUGAGAUUGCUAUUGUGACAAAGUCACAGGUACUGUUAAGGCUACUGUGGUUUGUUAUCUACAGUCACAAUUAGAGGAAGUGCUAAAUUUCAGUUAAGAGGUGAUUGAUAAUAAAUGUAGUUUUUUUCCAUCCAAGUUGAUUGACCGGAGCUUAAGACACCCAGCUAUAAAGUGUUAUGUGCCCUGGCCAUGCACUAGGCUCUAGGGGAGGAUCCAAAAAUGUGUGAAACAUGGUGCUUCUUUCAGAGGCUUGGGCCUGAGCAAGGAGAGCUAGGGCGUAUGGUUCAAAUCCUGUAAUGUGGGAGACAUAAUGUAGGAGACAUUAGUGCCCCCAUUUUACAGCUGAGGAGACUGCCUCAGAGAGAUGCCCGGGGUCCUGUGUCAGUGAAUGGCAGCCACAGUAGAUUUCUAAACAAAGGCCUGAUAUCAUGAAGACUGUUCCAGGAAGACCAGUGUGUCCUUGUGUUUGGGAUGAUUCCAUAGCUGUCACCCAGAACCCUCCAUGGAACUUUCCAGCCCCAUAUCUCACCGUUCUGUCCUCACACUGGGUAUGUAAGUGUCUUUGAACUUCCCUCAGCCCCUUGAUUGAGUCAACCUCUUUCAUACCUCUGGGCUUUUGCACAUGUUAUGCCCUCGGCCUAGAAAUUUCUUUUUCCCCUCUUGCCUGGCUAGCUCAUCGUCAGGGUUAAUUGCUCCUCCUGUGGGCUCUCCUGGCCUCCCAGUCCCCACUGCAGUUACCUCCCUGUAUUGUAGUGCUCUAGUCCCCAGGAGACUAAGCAUCAGGAGGGCAGGGACCAUAUCCAUCUCUCACCUUUAGCUUCCCCACUGAAUUGCAUAGGGCCUGGCCCAUAAAUAUUUAUUGAAUGGAUUUUGCUUAAGAGACAGGAAGUUAUUUACUGAUUAAGACCAGUUAAGAGAUGUACAAUAAAGAACUUGACUGGCCUUGUCCCUGGUUCCUGGGAGGGAAACUCUGAAUCCUUGGAAUUUCCCAAGUGAUAGGAGUUCUUUGUUAUUCAUGGUGGGUGCUGAUAGUUCAUGCUAAGGAGAGAAUCAGAAUGGGGUAGGCCACGCCAGAAAGACUAGCCGUGUGAUUAGGGGGUUGGAGCUUUGAGCCACUUGAUAUGAACCCAAUAAAGCCGCAAUAAAAAUUCUGGACACUGAGGCUCAGGGAAGUUUGUUGGUUGGUGUACACAUUGAUGUGCCAAGAGGGUGAUGCGUCCUGAUUCCCUGGGGAAAGAGCAUGGAAGCUCUGCUUCCAGGACCCUUCCAAACCUUGCCUAUGUGUAUCCUUACAAUGGAAGAGUAAUUGUUAAGUAUAGCGCUUCCAUGAGUUCUGUGAGUUGUUCUAGUGAGUUAUUGAAUCCCCACUAUUGUUCUAGUGGGGAUUGCAGGAAUCCCUGGAUAUAUAGCCACUUGGCCAGAAAUGCAGGUGACCCGAGGACCCGUGAGAUUUGUGGCUGGCACCUGAAAUGAGGGCAGUCUUGUGGAAAACUGAGCCCUUGACUUGUGGGACCUGAUGCUAACUC